AUGUUAGACAGAAUGCGUUCUAAAUCUUAAUUCUACUUAGUACUUGAAUAUUGUAAUGGGGGUGACCUGUCUUCAUUUGUAUAGAUUGUUGGAAAACUCCCAGAAGAUAUUUGUAGGCUUAUAAUCAUGCAAAUCAUCGAAGGCAUGAUGCACCUGCAUAGUUUACACGUGCUUCACAGGGAUCUCAAAUUGGCUAAUGUAUUAUUGCAUUUUCCUGACAUGGAAGGUAGAGAAGAUAUGAUAAAUAAUGAUUGGCUUAGAAAAGUGGAUUUAAAGGCGACCAACUUCCAAAUUAAAAUAGCUGAUUUAGGAUUCUCUAAAAUUCAGUAAGAUCCUGAUGAUUUAAGCGUCACAUACUGUGGCACCCCGAUCAAUAUGGCUCCAGAAGUAUUGAAUAGAGGAGUUUAUAACUAUAAAGCAGAUGUAUGGUCCUUAGGGACCAUCCUAUUUGAAUUAUUAACUGGAAAAUCACCUUUUAAGGCUGCAUAAAAUAAAGAAGAGUUAAAAAAGUGUCACAGGAAUGUUGUAAUUUCUAAUCCUAAGGAUUUGCUAUUUUCAAAAGAGUGUCUAAGAUUUAUCAAUCUCUGCCUAACUUAUAACUAGUAUAAACGUCCAAGUUGGCGUGAACUUUUAGAUCACAAUUUUAUCAGACUCCCAAAAUAAUAGUAAUCAGAUAAAAUGUUCUCCUUAGAUUAAAUCUUGCCAAUAGAAAACUUAAUGCAUAAGCAUAUGAAAAUAAAAGAGAUAAAAAAUGCAUCAGACACUAUUCCAGUAAAUAGUAAUCCAUUUUUUGAUUAAUAAGAAGAAAAUAUAAACGAAAUCAUUAAUGAUUAAAAAACUGAUUACAAGCAUCUCAAAUAUUCAUCAGCUCAUAAGAAUCCGUUUAAUGAUCAUAUGAAGAGCCAAUAAAAUUAUCCUAUAGAUCAGACGAUUGGUAAAAGUAGGCUUGAUUCAAAAAGCAUAGAUUCAUAAGAGUUGCAGAAGAUAAAAGAUGAAGAUGACGAUGAAUGGAAUGUAGAUGUUAGUAGUGAGGAGUUAGACAAGGGUAUUCUAUCAAAAUAAUCAAAAAAUAAGGGAAAAAAGAGGAAAAUUGACUUAUUUCUUUCGUGUCGUAACAUUGUAAUAAAGUCAGCAUCUCAAAUUAAUGAGAACUAUCAAGGUUCAUCAUCAGACUCCUUCUAAAAUAAUUAAGCUCUUUCACCACAAGGGUUUUACAGUAAAAAUUUCUUAAGCAAUGAAAGUCAGUAAAAUAGCGCUAAUUAACCUAUUAAAUAACAUCCAUAAAAAGGAAAUAGAUAUUCCUUUUUCUAGAAAAAUCAAGAUUAAAACUAAUUUAGCGUAUAGUAGAAUGACAGCGGUAGUGAAUCUGAACUUGAGAAUGAUGUAAAUUAAGAUGAGGGAAGUUUAAAAAUGCCCUCAUAAUUCAACAAAUUUAGCACCACAGAAUCUCCAUUUUCUGUCAAGAGUUCUGAUCAUGCUAUAAAGGAUUCAAAUAUAGAGGAAAGUCAUAGAUUAGACAGUAAUUAAUCAGAGAAAAAAUCUUAUAAAAUGUCUACCUCUAAAGCCUAAUCCUCAUAAUCACUUAGUUUUAGUCGUCAAUAAAAAGAAGACUUCUCUUAAAAUUAUCUAAAGAGGAAAAAAAGCUUUGCAUAUAGGAAAAGCAAGUUCUAUUACCUAUCAAUUUAAAAUUCAUGUAAAUCAUUAGAUGAAAUAACUGAGAAUAAUUCCAAUUAGUAUAAUGUCAAUAUCAGAGACGACUCAGUGGAAGAGUGA